AUGAUUGUUGCCACAGAAGACAUGAUUGUGUCCACAGAUGACAUUAUUGUUGCCACAGACAUGAUUGGUGCUACAGAUGACAAGAUUAUGGCCACAGACGACAUGAUUGUUGCCACAGAUGACAUGAUUGCCCUGAGCCGAGGCUGUGCGUCUGGAGGCUACUGCCGUGAGAGCGGUGAGUGUAACACCGGCUGUUCUCCUCACCACUUCAAACAGACCUGCUCCACCUUCCUCUGUCUUCCUGCUGGCAAGUGUAAUGGACCCGCUUGUACCACUGGUAAGCUUAAUGGACCCGCUUGUACCACUGGUAAGCUUAAUGGACCCGCUUGUACCACUGGUAAGCUUAAUGGACCCACUUAUACCACUGGUAAGCUUAAUGGACCAGCUUGUACCACUGGUAAGCUUAAUGGACCCGCUUGUACCACUGGUAAGCUUAAUGGACCCGCUUGUAUCACUGGUAAGCUUAAUGGACCCACUUAUACCACUGGUAAGCUUAAUGGACCCACUUAUACCACUGGUAAGCUUAAUGGACCAGCUUGUACCACUGGUAAGCUUAAUGGACCCGCUUAUUCAACUGGUAAGCUUAAUGGACCCGCUUAUACUACUGGUAAGCUUAAUGGACCCGCUUGUACCACUGGUAAGCUUAAUGGACCCGCUUGUAUCACUGGUAAGCUUAAUGGACCAGCUUAUACCACUGGUAAGCUUAAUGGACCCGCUUGUACCACUGGUAAGCUUAAUGGACCAGCUUGUAUCACUGGUAAGCUUAAUGGACCCUCUUGUAUCACUGGUAAGCUUAAUGGACCAGCUUGUACCACUGCUAAGCUUAAUGGACCAGCUUGUACCACUGGUAAGCUUAAUGGACCCGCUUGUAGCACUGGUAAGCUUAAUGGACCCGCUUGUACCACUGGUAAGCUUAAUGGACCCGCUUAUACCACUGGUAAGCUUAAUGGACCAGCUUGUACCACUGGUAAGCUUAAUGGACCCGCUUAUACCACUGGUAAGCUUAAUGGACCCGCUUGUACCACUGGUAAGCUUAAUGGACCCGCUUGUACCACUGGUAAGCUUAAUGGACCAGCUUGUACCACUGGUAAGCUUAAUGGACCCGCUUAUACCACUGGUAAGCUUAAUGGACCCGCUUGUACCACUGGUAAGCUUAAUGGACCAGCUUGUACCACUGGUAAGCUUAAUGGACCCGCUUGUACCACUGGUAAGCUUAAUGGACCAGCUUGUACCACUGGUAAGCUUAAUGGACCCGCUUAUACCACUGGUAAGCUUAAUGGACCCGCUUGUACCACUGGUAAGCUUAAUGGACCAGCUUGUACCACUGGUAAGCUUAAUGGGCCCGUUUGUACCACUGGUAAGCUUAAUGGACCCGCUUGUACCACUGGCAAGCUUAAUGGACCAGCUUGUACCACUGGUAAGCUUAAUGGACCCGCUUGUACCACUGGUAAGCUUAAUGGACCAGCUUGUACCACUGGUAAGCUUAAUGGACCCGCUUGUACCACUGGUAAGCUUAAUGGACCAGCUUGUACCACUGGUAAGCUUAAUGGACCCGCUUAUACCACUGGUAAGCUUAAUGGACCCGCUUGUACCACUGGUAAGCUUAAUGGACCAGCUUGUACCACUGGUAAGCUUAAUGGGCCCGUUUGUACCACUGGUAAGCUUAAUGGACCCGCUUGUACCACUGGCAAGCUUAAUGGACCAGCUUGUACCACUGGUAAGCUUAAUGGACCCGCUUGUACCACUGGUAAGCUUAAUGGACCAGCUUGUACCACUGGUAAGCUUAAUGGACCCGCUUGUACCACUGGUAAGCUUAAUGGACCAGCUUGUACCACUGGUAAGCUUAAUGGACCCGCUUGUACCACUGGUAAGCUUAAUGGACCAGCUUGUACCACUGAACCUUCCCCCUCCACCUUUGUCCAGAUCUCUGGUAGCAAAUAA